ACACCUCAUGUGUCCCAUCUCCACAAAGAAAGGAUAUCAACAAAAACCAAACUCUAUCAUUCUCUUUCUCACCACCAUGGGGAGGUCUCCUUGUUGUGAGAAGGCUCGCACCAACAAAGGAGCAUGGACCAAGGAGGAGGACGAACGGCUCAUCGCCUACAUCAAGGCUCACGGCGAGGGUUGUUGGAGAUCCCUCCCUAAGGAGGCUGGGCUUCUUCGUUGCGGUAAAAGUUGUCGGCUUCGAUGGAUAAACUACCUACGGCCGGGCCUAAAGCGCGGUAACUUUACCGACGAAGAGGACGAACAGAUCAUCAAGAUGCAUAGCUCGUUGGGAAACAAGUGGUCUUUAAUCGCUGCACGAUUACCUGGAAGGACCGACAACGAGAUCAAGAACCACUGGAACACACACAUAAAGCGCAAGCUACUUAGUACUGGAAUUGACCCACAAACUCACUGUCAAUUGGGCAACCUUCCUCGCGGGCAACUCGUGCCUUCUACCAUGGCCAAGAUCGAUAAGGCUCGAAUGAAACUACCCAUAUCGAUGGGCCUCGACCUAGCUGAGGACGGGCAUAGCACCAUUACAAGCACGGAAGAGGAGUCAUCUUUUCCUAAUCUCAACCUCGACCUCACCCUUGGUCGCGGCCCCGUAAACUCGCAUGUAGAACCCUCAAACUCGUCACAAUUCAAGACGACAAUAACACCGCCGCCGCCGCUACCACCUCCAAUGAUGUCUACAACAAUAAUGGUAACAACACAUGUUGAUACUACAAUGUCAUCGAGACCGACACACGGUGGAAAAUUUUGUCCGUGCUACCAAUUCGGAUAUCGAAUCAAAGAGACAUGUAAUUGCCAUGCGAUGCUGCUUAGGUACUAUGGCUCUUUGGAGCAAGGGCAAGAAAUCCAAUAAUUAUAUUGAACAUUUUCUUUA